AUGAAACGCACAAUUACUGAUAAGAAUAAUACAUUAUCUUCAUCAGCUUUAGUUUCCUUAGAUGCGUAUAUUGUUCAUAUAAACAAAAUUACAAAGAAUAAUACAAAUGAUAAUCACCAUUAUUCAUUCAUUUUAUGUAUUGAAGAUCAAUCAACAGUUCGAGUUGUCAAAUAUUUAUCUAAAGUUCCAUAUUGUUCGUUACAUAAUCGACUAAAAGAAUCGCUUCGAAGUGGCCGAGGAGCUUCAAUUACUUCGUUACGUGAGCAAAAUGAUCAAUAUACUUGUACAAUGUCUACAAAGGUCAUUGAAAAAGACCUCAACUUUCGACCUGAAUGUAUUCGUGUGAAAAAUAUCAACAUUUUAAAAAAUGAAAUAAACGAUCGAUUGUGUACAGUAGAAGCACAAAUCUGUUCUAUUAGUGAUGAAAUUGCAGUUGUUUUUGAAGAGAGUGAAUUUAAACGCGUGCAAAAAAAUAAAAAAAAAAUAAUUAUUGGUGAUGCGACUGGAGCAUUAGAAAUGACUAUGUGGGAAAGUCAUUUUAAUGAAAUAGAAUUAGGCAAAUCAUAUCAUAUUCGAUUAUUAAAAAUACGAAUCUAUAAUGAACAAAUAUCAUUAGCUGCUACAACAGAAACAUCGUACGUAUUUGAAACCUAUAAAAUAUAA